CGAUGCUAAGGCUGACAUAUUUCCUCUCUUACAUGCAGAGCAAUGCAGUUUCUGAAUGACUUUCAACAAAUCAAAAUUGAAGAUAUCCUUCCCUUCUUUCCAGAUUUUGUUACGAUCGACCACUUUAAGGUAGCACUUUCCGAACUAUAGCAAACGGUUGACAAUUUAGGAAUGAACAACAACCCUGAUAGAUUUUAAUAACUUCAUGUUUUUGACAGGAUGCAAUAUGUUCGUCUUUGGAGGAAUAUAACCAACACAUUAAUGAACUCAAAACUGAAAUGCAGGUUCGAAUUUUUGUGUCCUUCUGGUGACAAUAGCACAUCUUCCAUUCUACAAUAAACUAUCAUGGUUUGUGUCUGAACUACACGAAAAAGAUAUCUCAAACGUGGUAGGCUGGUGUAGUAUUAUACAACAAGCUGUCGUGGUUUGUGUUUGAACUACCUGAAAAGAUAUCUCAAACGUGGGGGUGCAGUGUAGGUAGUAUUCUACAAUAAACUGCCAUGGUUUAUGUCUGAACUACCUGAAAAAGAUAUCUCAAAGAGGUAUUGUGUAGGUAGUAUUCUACAAUAAACUGUCAUGGUUUGUGUCUGAACUACCUGAAAAAAAGAUAUCUCAAACGUAGUGGUCCAGUGUAGGUCGUAUUCUACAAUAUGCUGUUACGGUUUGUGUCUGGCUACCCGAAAAAGAUGUCUGGGGCGCAACUUGACUGUAUGUAUUGGGGGGGGGACGUUCUUCUUCCCUGGUAAAAGGGUAUGGUCACCACAGCCCAACACUACUAGGAAAUAUUUUCCCGAGUAUCAUUCACACCCCCAACAGGUGCGCCCCUGUAGGUAGUUUUCUACAAUAGGCUGUCAUGGUUUGCGUCUGAACUACAUGAAAUACUAUUAAACUGCAUCGUACUAAAACCCUAAUUCUUUCAUAGGAAGCAACUGAAAGUGCAGAAAAUAUAAGACAAGAUAUCCACGAAAUGAAAAACAGGUUUAUUAUAAAAGAUGUAUUUUUUCUUUGUUUUUUUGUCCAUAUGACAUGUACAUAACUUUGUUUCCUUGUCAGAUACGGCGUUGUCGAAGCUGAUAAGAAGUGUGUUUCAUGUUCGUUUCCUUUGUUAACAAGAGCUUUCUAUAUUUUCCCCUGUCAUCAUGCUUUUCAUGCAGAUUGCCUUGUUGAUGAGGUACAUUUGUUAUCUGUCUUCUGUUUUAAUGAUGUUUGAACUAAAUAAAUCACUUGCUAUGCAAUAUUAAGAAUUGUGUUUUCUCCUUCUGUUUUUUAAGGUUUUGCCUCACCUCAAAGGAAAACAACGGUUGGUGUUUGCUUGUUUGUUCGUUUGCUUGUUUGUCUUAUUGAUCUAGUGUUACUACCGGAGGAAACCUAAACUAAACGAACUUUGUUUAUACUGGAUAGUUUUAUCAGUUCUAAAUGUUUUCCCUAUAUAGAGUUCCAGAAAGGAUCAUCUCUUAUUGAUCCAGUGUUACUACAGGAGGAAAUCUAAACUGAACUAACUUUAUUUAUACUGGAUAGGCUCAUAGCUCUAUCAGUUCUAAAUUUAUAUCUAGGAUUCCCGUGUUUUUUAGGAAGAAACUCGAGCAACUCAAGAAAAAGCUGUACCGUAUGGACGACCCAAGCCCAAGACCUGGAAGCCGUAAUCGGGAGAAUGAUCCCAGAAUAAUGCCUGAAGACUCUUUUGAAAAAUUAAAGGUAAUGUGUUUAUCAUCUGCAUAACCUAACAAUAAGGAGUUUACGAUCUAUGACGCGGCCGGCUCGACGACGCACUUUCAAAACAAAGACAUUUGGUGCUUCCACAAACAAUAGUAUUAUGUGUUUUAUCGCCAUGCAAACCUACAAAGAACUUACAAAGAAAUUUGUCAUGCAAGACAAAAACUGUCAAUAAUUUGUGGUCCCAUGAGUAUUGUCAAACGCGUUGUCAUUCUCAACACAACGUUAAAAAAGCAUUAUUACGUCUUUCAGGCAACGCGAAAGCUUAAUGCGACACAAGAGGUGUUACUAAAAGUCGAAAUUACAGCAAACAUUGCAUCGCUUUAGCCGAACGUAGCAUUUUGUAAGGUUAUUUGAAAGAGUCAAAUAUUUAUUACAGUAUAAUCGAAUUGCUUAGCGCUCAUUCUUGAGCUAAAAUUUAGACCGCGUCGGUGAGUCGGCCGCGUCGCAGAUCGUAAACUCCCUAAUAAGUAGAAUACAGUUGCAUACCGUUGCAGCGCUCUAACCAACUGGGCUACAGAGUCCAGUUGUCGAGCUCUAACCACAAAUUCAUGAAUCGAAUUUGCAGACCUGCUAUAACUUGUUAGAGCGUUGCAUCAGAAUCGCAGGACCGCAUGUUCGAUUCUUAUAUUGUUCUUGUAUUGGAUUAGCGCUAACCCUGGGUUAAAAUUUAACUUGAUGUUUUAGUUUGUGAAUUUCUGCAUGCUUGUUUAUUCUGAAGCUUCAGAAAAUACUAGUUUUGUUGAUCCGGACAAAAUUUCUGAAAAAAUAUUUCCAUGUUUAUAAACAGGCAGUUUUAUAACAAACGUACUUGCAGGGAGGUGAGUCCGGGAUUGGACGCACCGAGGGUGGCUGGAAGUUUCCCGAACUUACCGAGCGAAGCGAGGUGAGUUCGGGAAACUUCCAGCCACCCGAGGUGCGUCCAAUCCCGGACUCACCGAACCUGCAAGUACGUUUGGUUUUUAUCCCAUACACCGAGCUAUACACACAUUUGUAGCUCUUCGCAAUAUAUUCGUCGAUGUUUUGUGAACAUUUUCCCGGCCAAAAAAUCACUGGGCAAGAAAAUUCUUCUUUAUCUACGUCUACAAUACCUUUACUGCACUUUUUCUUUGGUUUUUCUUCAGUCUCAGUAUGUUAGUCACCGAAAAAGUUCUUUAAAGUUUAGGUUUAUCGGCUAAAUCUUGUCCGCCAUAUUUGUUAUUGUUAUUGCAACGUAAGCAGUUUAGCGGGUGAGCUCGGGCGAAAAGCAGGUGAGUUCGGAAAAAAGCAGGUGAGCUCGACGACAAGCUCACCUGCUCUAAACCAAUCAGAAAGCCGCUUUUAACACAGGUAUGGGAUAAGGAAGUUUGCUUUGAAAAUUUUCGCCCCCAGGGUCAUAUCUCCGCUAACUCUACUUUUGUAAGAAAGAUUUCAUUUUUCAUCACAGGCAGAUCAAGAUGAGCUGGUUGCAUCCGAAUGUGUUUUGUGUGGAGAAUAUAUGAUACGAUCAAUUGAUCAGCCGUUCAUAACGCCUGAGGAAUACGAUGAUGUCAUAAAGAGUUGGGAAUGAGAUUUUAUAUGAACGUGGGACUGUGUCAAUCGUCAGGCGGGAUAAGCCAGUUCGCAAUCUCACUCGAUAUUGUAGUAUAGCAGAUUGGUGGCAAAGUUAUGCAUUUGAUGAUAACAGCACACAACUUGGCAUAACGUUAGGGUAUACCCUAAGGACAUUUUUUGGCUAUAGGGGCAUUACAGCUAUAGAUCCUGGUAGCCACAACAUUUUGUUUUUCUUACCAUUUACCCAUUAAAGUACUAUGAUAUAAAAAAGUGAAAUUUCAAAGUUCCCUUUUAGCAAAUAUCGCUUAUAUCGUUAGAAAGAUCGCAAAAAACUAUGUGAAGAGCAUUAAGCGGGUAGUACGGUUUUCCGAGUUAUUAUAACAGUCAAAAACCGCAAAAUGGUACAAAGAAGCCACAAAAUACUGUUUUUUAGCACGUUUAACCUUAUGUAGCUUAAAAAUCGGUGUCGAAAAUCAUAGCAGCCGUUUAAAUGUCCUAUAUUUAGUUUUUUUCGAGUUUAGUUUCUAACGAUAUAGGUGAUAAAAGUGAACUUUCAAAUUUCACUUUUUUAUAAGAUAGUACUUAAUAGGUAAAUGGUGAGAAAACCAAAAUUUUGUGGGCUACCAAGAGCUAAUCUGUAAUGCCCCUAUGGUCAAAAAAUGUCCUUUGGGUAUACCCUAACAUUAUGCCGAGUUGUGUGCUUUUAUCAUCAAAUUCACAAUUGUUCUAUAAUUUUCACCAAUCUGCCCCACUAGUAGAACUACUUGUGGAAGGGUUUUAGUUGAAAAUUUCGAGUAUAAAUUUUAUACAUUUAUCACACCUAACAUUUAUUACACCUUAGGCCCUAUAGUUUUUCGCAACUCCCCGUGGUUAGGUGUGAUGAAUGUUUAACACUCUAUCUCUUCAAAACCCUUCCACAAUUAUAUUGUCCAUAUCUAUGGUCUAUGUUCUCUGAGGUGGAAAGACAGUACCCCCAAAUGGCGAAUAUUGACCCGCUUGAAAAAGAGAUUAAUUAGUUCAAAUUGGAAUAUGAUAAAUUAUCAAUAAUUGUACAUAGAUGUUCAAGAAUUUGUUUUGAUUCAGUAGAGUGGU